AUGCAGUUUGAGCAGCGUAUCGUCGGCAACCGAAUGGUCAACACCAGGACCACCACCGAUUUGGGUGGCAGCCAGGUAAUCACGUUGAAACAAUUGGGCGAAGAACUACAUCGCAUCUUUGAGCAUGACUUUGUGGAUAUUGAUGAGGUCAAACAGCUGCUAGGCUCAUGCACCAGCGACCCGCUGGAAUGGCAAUCGUUUGCUCAUUUCGAUAAAUAUAGGUACACGCGAAACCUCGUGGAUGCAGGCAAUGAAAGAUUCAAUCUUCUUAUUCUAUGUUGGGGUGAAGGGCACGGGACUUCCAUUCAUGACCACGAUGGAUCUCAUUGUUUUCUCAAAGUCCUGGCAGGAGAGAUCCGAGAAUCCCUUUACGCCUGGCCACCAGGAUUCGACAACUCGAGGCUUGAUUCGGAUAUACCACCCAGGCUAGUUCGAGUUUCAGACUUUAGAUUUGGAGACGUGACCUAUAUUCACGAUACCAUUGGCCUACAUCGUUUGGAAAAUACGAGCCAUACGCAGAAAUCAGUGACCCUUCAUGUGUACUGCCCACCGAUAAGACAGUCGACAAUGUUUGAUGAGCGGACUGGACGUGCGAGUAAAUGUAAAAUGACCUUCUACAGCCAGUGCGGUGAACGACGUCGACCUUCGCUUGUGGAAGCUCCUUUCACUCAGCAGCCAUCUCGAUGAGUGCUUACGUUUUUCUGACAACCCAGCAACAUCCCCUUCAAAAUUCAUUGCUUAUAAUGUUUUGUACGCUUUCAACCGUUUUUUUCAUCCAGUCAAUUUCAUUUCAGCAUUUUUAUUGAUUUCCUGACCACUGAAAACGAAUCAAAUGUUUCACGAUCUUCAUUUAAGCUCAUUUUUGGAAGCUCAUUUUUGUACUCAUUUCAACAAAUAUACUUUAUUCGCUCAUCAUCA